UGGCGUGGUCACCAAGACCUCCACCGUGGAGUGCCCUGUGUGCUCUGCCCACACCACCACCAUAGUUAAGGAAAACGAACACGGUGUUGUGACUACUGCUGAAUGUGUUGUUGAAGUUACCACGGACACUACCGGUGGCGCGGUCACCAAGACUUCCACCAUCGGUGGUAAGCCUACCGAAUGUGACGUGUGCUCGGUGUACACUACUGCUGUUGUGGAAACUAAGGANCCUACCGAAUGUGACGUGUGCUCGGUGUACACUACUGCUGUUGUGGAAACUAAGGACAACGGUGCUGUCGUGACUGCUGAACAUGUUGUUGAAGUCACUACCGACUCUACUGGCGGUGUGAUCACUUCUACUGUGGCUCCUCACUACACCACCUUGAUCACCACUAACGAAAAUGGUGAAGUGUUAACGUACGCAACCCUUGAAAGCGAGGCCAAGACGACUGACACCGGGUCUGGAAACAACGUCGACUCCGGCUCAGGUGAAGGCUCGCCCAAUGUGCCCGCCGGUGAAGGCCAAGCCAAUACUUUGGCUGGGUCUAAUGUGGUACCCUCUGGUUCCACUGUAUUGACACUUCCUGGUGCUCAAAGUACUGCUGGUUCCACCACCCCUGGUGGGUCCGAACCUUCGGUUAUUGCUGAGGGCAGCGCGUCGACCAAGUUGAUCUCGAGAUCGUUGGCGGCGAUGUUGCUUCUCUUUGUUUUGUGA